AUGUCUGACGCCGGAAGAAAACCAAUUCAUACUAAAGUUUCUGAAUCAUUAACUCCAGAAUCAGACAAAUCAACUUUAGAAAAAGCUAAAGAAGGAGUCACCAAUAAAGCCGAUCAAUUUGCUGCCAACCACACCAGUGACAAUAAUAAAUCAUUUUCACAAACUGUUGCUGAUGAUGUAACCAAAGGUAAACAUGACGCUGAAAAUUCAAUUGACAAGGAAAAAUCUAAAGCAUCAGGUGAAGGUCAAAGUUUAGCUGAAACUGCUCAAGAAUAUGUUGAUGCUGCAAAAGAAGAAAUCUCAAAAGCUGCUGAAUACGUUUCAGGUGUCGUUACUGGUGCUACUGAAGGUGCUGAAACUGGCGCUGAUAGUGUCACCAAAAAGUAA